UGAUCUUGCAACGUGAUCGUGUGUGGACUUAUAUUAAUUUCAGUCCGUUCCGUGUGUGUUAAGUGUUUAUGUCGCCAUCUCCACUGCAUACCGCUAUAUCGCUUAUCUUCGAUUCGGUCUUCAUCGUCGUCGUCUCGAAUCUUGUGUACCUCUAAACACAAAUUUUGUUUUGGAAUUCAGCCGGUUUUGAGUGUUCAAAUAAUGAAAACAACAACAACCUAAAGUCCUAUAACGAUUUUUGUGGAUUGUAUCUUUUAUUUUAUUGAUCACCUUUAUACAAAAAGAUACAAACACCGAUCGUGUUUCUGUUUUUGUUUUGAAAAUAAAAAAAAAUAAGCCCAUUUGUUGCAACAAAAAUACCAUCCACAUCCAUAAAGGUAUUUUAUUUGUUGCUUUUGUGUAUUUUGUGGAAUGUAAAUAAGAAGUUCUUUGAUUUAUUUUGCAAUAUCUACUUUUAACGCGUUUCGUAUCGCGCGGUACCUAUAGCGUUUUUAUAUAUGUUGUUGAUGCGGUUAAGUUCUUGUUUUUGCGGAUGAGUGCUUUGUUGUGCUUUGUGCAGUUCUUCUGCGUGCAAUUGAUCUUAACUGAUGGUUGAAUUGAAGAUCGGUUUGUUUAGAUUUUUUCGAAUGUAAUGGCGGCCAUUUCCUCUUGCCUUGAGGAAUUGAAUUAAUAUGGGUAUAAACGUCCGUCGUUAAAGUCGCGUUUUAUCCGUGUCGUUGUUACCCUCGUAGUCGUUGUGCUGACUUCACCUCGUCCUCGUGUCGGAAAUUCUAUUUGGAAAAUAAACGAAGAGUUUAAAGAUACCUGGAUACGUUAUUGUGAUUUGUAUGUUUUGUAUCUUUUUUUGCGCGAUCUUAGAAGUUAUACCAUUAGGCACCUUUAAUCAGUGAUCGUCCUAUGGAGUUUAAUAACAAAUGUAUCUAGAUAUACGUUCCUAUAUAAUUUAAAUGUGUUAAAUGUUGUUGAAAUAAUUGUUAGCUAAAUAAAAUCUAAUUUAUAGAUACCUAAUUAAUUUAUUUUAUAAUUUAUGGCCUAAUAAUUAAAUUGUUUUUAUUGAGCGUUACUCAAUGAGUUCCGAGAAUAUACAUAAAUAUAAACCAACAAAUUUUGGAUUACCGCCAACGGGCAAAAAGUAGUUAAUAACCCUUUUUUUGGUUGGAUAUAUGUUAACAACACUAUACUACAUAUCUACCUGGCUACAUAGAUUGACUUAAAGCUGAUUUUCAAGUUGCGUAUCAUAAGCAGUAUCACAAUCUAAAACGCUUGACGUAAGAAACGUCACUCUCACUAAUGUCAUAGUGCGUCGUCGUUGUAGUCGUUGCUGUUGUCAUUGCAUAAUAAUCGUGGAACAAUACUGCUAAAAGAUGACAGCAAAAUGUCACAAUUGCGAAAAUCAGCUUCUUUCCGAUCCAGGAUUCCAGUGAGAAGAAGUCGUUUGCCACAGCGUCGUUGCUGUAGCCCACCCCCAGGUGGCGUAGUGAGGUUAAGGGGUGCCUCUAGCGGUUGUGGAGGAAGAACAACCACCAACACCGGAGACGUUGGCUUAGGGCUGCAGACAAAUAGAAGUUUUGCAUUCGAGAGAUGUGAUAUCAACAUCAACAGCAACACCAACUCCAAUAACAAAAAGAAAACUCGCAGCAAUAGCAAACAGCAUAAGCAUCAGCAGAAACGAUACUCGUCAUCUUCAUCGUUUUCCAGCAGCGACGAAAGCUAUGAAUCUGAAGCUCCACGCCAGAAAUUCAUCAAACCAAGUCAUAAAAUCCUAGAUGACAAUUCUAUGUAUAUUUCAACUGAUGGAAUAAGCUUAGACGGACUAUUGGAUUCAGUUAGUAGUGAAAGCUUUUCGAGUCCUCCAUCACCACCGGUACACUAUCAGAAUACAAAAAUGCCUCUUCCUCAUAGCUCGAGCUAUGAGUCAUUAGACAAAUACAAUGUGGCGUUGGAAACUUUUAAAUUAUCCGAUAACGUUCAUCGCAUUCCAUAUCCACUGACGGCAGCAGUAUCGGCCUCGUCAAACUACUACAACCUUGACAGCAAGCAUAAUAAUAAUUCGACAUCGAAAAUUGACGCGAUUAGGGAGGACGUUAAAAAAUCCUAUUACAACGAAAAACAGAGGCAACUCAGCGACUGGUAUUACAUAAAAAAUAUUCCAAAGGACGUCGACAGAGUUCAGCAACCAUCGGAAGCAAUACGAGGAGCAGGAGGAAAAGGAGAAGGCAAAACAGCAGAGGAAGGAGUUACUGCUGAACAUAGUGGCUCGAUUGGCAUUGAACAUCGUAAUAAUGAUGCAUUGACUCCUACGACGUCUAGUCAAUGUGAGGCAUCAUCACACCACCAUCAUCAUCAGCAGCAGCAACAUGAAGAUUUCGCCUCAUCAUCAACACCAUCAAACGCUGCUGCCGACAUCGCUGCCCAUAACCCCCACCCGAUGAGAACAAUGAACUGGAAUAAUUUCGAUUGUCAGCCAUCCCCCGGUGGCGCUGAUGACGAUGAUGAUGAUAUUAUUCGAACGGCUGAUAAUGGCGGCACUAAUGAUGGAAGUAGCCGGGCAAAAGAAGGCAUCGACACCGUCGUCGUCACCACCGCCAAUGACGAUGAUGCAGAGGGGAACGAGUGGCAGCAGGCGUGGCGGAGAUUCCAUGUGGGUAAUUUGAAAUCCGAGCUGAGUGCUAAAGAAGAUCACAAUGACGCCGCUGCCACCGCCGUUGCCGAUGACGACUACGAUGAUGCCCAUCGUUAUGACAAUCUGCCCAUUAGCAUGAAUUGCCCAACGAACAAUUUCAACGGCUACUACCCCUCUCAUCAUCCACAGUCCUAUCUGUGCAAUUACAGCCAGAAGCAGAAAUGCUACGAAACAGGUUGCAAUUGCAACACAACCCCCGGCCAGGAUGACUUCUCAAGGACGAAAUUCAAUUCGACAUCGAAUAUCGGCACUCAUCAGCCCAGCGUUGUCAAUGUGAACCUACUGAAACAACGGUAUCAGAAACAGGACCGUCCAAAUUAUACAACCCAUUCGGGUAGCAAUGAGUAUGUGAAUGCAAGUUUUCGAAGGAGACCCGCAACGGGAGGAAGUUCGAGUGGAAAUGGCAAUGGAAGUGGAAGUGGUAGCAAUUAUCAGAGGACCUACAUGGAAGCGGCUUUCAAAAACAAUAAUAACUGUAACGAUUCGGGCUCAAAGAACAACAUUGCCAGUAAAAACAAUGUCGAAUUGCAGCUGGAACAUUGGGAAAAUAUGAGCAACAUCAACAAAAGUAGUGAUUCCAGGACAAAGCGUAAUGUAAUUCGUGGUGCUGGUGGCAGCAGCCAUGGUGACAAGGACAUUUCAAUGAGCAAUAAUAACAGACCCAAUCAUACCAAUAGUGGGUGUGGGUAUGGGGUUGGGUGUGGUUGUUGCAGCAAUGGGUGUACGAACAGCAGUAACAGAAAGAAAACGAACAAUAAUAGCAGUACUAGUACCAGCAGCAUGGGCUAUCGGGGCCAUAAUCAUCGUCAUCUGAAUCCUGACCCAUCUGACCUAGAACAACAACAACAACAACAACAACAACAUCACCACCAGCAGCAGCAGCAUCAACAGCAAAUAGUUUUGGUUGAAAAACAACGACAAGCGAUGGUCGAUGGCCAAGCGUCGAUGUCAUGCCAAUCUCAGAGCCCCCACCAUCAUCACCAUCACCACUAUCAGCAAAAGGAGCACCAUUUACCGACAGCAGCUUCUUGCAGUGUGUCAGCUUGUAUCAUGGCCCCGAACCAAAGUCAAAUGAGACAGCAAGCUGCCUCUGGUGUCCAUCCAGGGACAAACAAUAAUACUACUAUUGUACCAUCAUCAACAGCAGCAGCCGCAGCAUCAACUUCUGAUGUCCUCCUGACUCCGGUGCUUUCGGCCCGUUUGACUGUUGUCGCUACACCCAGGGCAGCAUUAAGAUCAAGACUAAUACAGAAGCGGUCCGAUGAAACAAGCUGCAGCAGUAGUUUCGAGCAAUUAAAUGUCAUUGGAAUACCAACAACUAUGACAACACCCAAAACAACAACAACUGCAGCAGUUCCUGCUCCAAACGAUGAUGAUUACAAACAAGUGCAAUACCAUCACCAGUCGUCGACGCAGUACCAGCAGCCCUACUAUGCCCAGCAGGAUUCUCAGGCUGUCCAAGUUCAUCUGCUACCUCCGCCGCCUCAUUCACAUCAUCAUCACCAUCAUCGUCAUCAUCAUCAGCAGCAACAGCAACAGCAACAGAAUUCCGAGAUUUGUGAAGAUGAAAAAACUGGCCAGAUGAUAACAAGGCCGACAAGGAUGACACAACCAAAGGACGAUGGUGAUGAUGGUGAUGGUUAUGCUGAUGUUGAUGCUGAGGAUGAUGGGGACAUUGUUGGCAAUGGAUUUGGUGGUGGUGCGAGUGGCCUCCUUGAGACAAAGCGUAGGCCAUUGCCAGAGAUUCCGCUCGAAGAAGUCGCCCAGCUCCAGGAUGCUAAGAUUUUCCCACCUAAGACGUCGUCCUGUCGGAGUGAUUGUGAACUUUCCGGUUCGUAUGCGUCCCUCGAGUGUCCCUCACCACCAGGCCCACCAGUAUGUCUUCCAGAGUCCCGUCGGGAUCCACAAGCACGGCUGAGCACAUAUUUAAGAACAUUCUAUACGGAUUUAUCACUUAAGGAGCCAAUCAUACCACCAUGGGCAAUACCGGUGGCGCCAGGAGCUUUAUGUCCGGCACGUUUGGAACCUGAACUACGUCUGCAUUCGCAGUCACAUGGCUUUAAUGACACUCUGACAGUUGAUCAAAUAUUAAUAUCACUUCAGACAAAAGAAGGAACAUUCUUAGAAGCUCCACGACGAGUUCUUAUCGAAUGUCCAACAUGGGCAUCAAGAAGUAGUCUUUGCUUACGAAUCCUGCAUGCCUGGGCUAAGGAACCACCCUGGCCAGCAAAAGGAACUCCAGUAGCUCUUGCACUCUUUAUCCCGCUUUCUGAGGCAAAACGAAGUUUUUCCAGCUAUGUUGAAAAGGACCUCCUACCCAAGGGACCACUUAAUCCGUUUUCAAGUGGAUUUGGUGGUUUUACAGCGGCUUGGAAUUCCCUAGAGGCGCUCGGGCCAAAACUUCUUAUUAUUCUCGAUGGCUACGAUAACCAGAAAAAUGGAACACCAAAACGGAAAAACAAGCAAUACACAACUGACGUUCACGACCUUUUGGAUGGGAAGCUAUUCCCGGAAGCUCGAGUUAUCAUUACAACUUCUUCGUCGAAUUGUACCGAACUGCUGCCCAUAAUUCAACGACACAUUACAUACGAAGGCCUGACAUGGGGUCGUUCGGCUUCACUACUCGGCGGUGGUCAGUGGGGAGGACCGUCGCGAUUACUUGAUACCGUCCAAGCUUGUGCGAAUUUGAGAAAAGCUGUCCGAACGCCACACGGUUGUCUGGCUUUGGCAGCAAUCUAUGAAGCCACAGGGGGUGAUCUUCCGACUGAAGAACUUGAUGUGGUCGAGUCGAUUCUGAACUGCGUUGCACCUGAGACAUCGGCGAGCAAUGUAGCUGAGCUCGGUCGAUUGGCACUGUUUUGUUUGAAAAUGAAGCGAUCUUGCAUAACUAUGGCUGAGAUCCGCAUGUAUUGCUCAUGUCCGGAGUCCAAUAUAAUGGGAUGUCUUGACAAAAAUCUGUUGCUAGGGAAAUCUGCCAAAAAGAAGGCUGAGUACGUGUACAACCCCAUCUGCCCUGGAAUGAUUGAAUUCCUGGCUGCAAACUACAUCUCAUCGUUGGUGAACAGACCAGGACUGCUGGCAGCUGAGAUCACAGGACUCUCUAUUGGAGAUGAGCUCGAUCCGGAUUUGCUGAAAGUGAUAAAGUUUUCGAUGGGACUUCUGGGCGAGCGUGCCCAUAUCCUCCUGUCCCGAUUGACCCCGCUUUGGCUAACCCCACAGAUAGUUUUCUCAUUGGCUCUGGCAGGUGGCAGCACUGAGGAUAAUUUGGCCGCACUUUGUGAUAUUCUAGGCAUAUCGAAACAUCCUCCGAUUUCCCCGCUCGAAGCUAAGCCUCUUUGGGUGCAGGUGCGAUCUGUUGCCACCGAUUUGAUGGGGUGGGGUAUGGCUCUCAAGAGCCCGACUUGCACUCUCAAGAACCUAGAACUGAUCUAUCAACUGGAGAAGCACAAUAUCAUGGACUCCCGGAAUGCCAUAGAAGUGUUCCUCAACUCUAUGUCCAUUAACGAAAGUGUGUCCACGCUACGAGUGUCUUCGCUGAUCGAAACCGAGGUGAAAGAUUGCGAGAUAGCAUAUCUGGCAAACUGUGUGUCAAAGCUUCUCAUGAAGCCGAGAUUGGAGAAUUUCGAACUUGUCCUAACGUUGCUCGAAGAAGAUCCUCCGAUAUUGAAGUUGCAAUCCGUUGUGGCAGCUCUGUGCAGAGCUAUUCCACGACAACCGAAGCUGAGCUUCCUGCUUUUGGAUCUGGGACUGAGUACAUCACAAUUGGUGCAGCUGUGUGCGACUUUAGAGAAGUGUCCGAAUGUCACUCGGCUGUCGUUGCCGCAUCUGAGAUGUGAACGCGGUGCCAUUUCAGCACUAUCUUCGCUAUUAAAUGCACGGCCGUUUAGCUUUUUGUCAUUACCAUCUUGCUGGGGAGCCAGGGAUGAUCCUCCUUCGUCGAGUGGAGUUAGCAUGGGAUCAGGUAGUGGCAGUAGUACGGGAACAUCCGGCCUGAUUAAACAGGGUUCUCUCCCAGGCGUUCCAUCUCCGCGAUCUUAUGCUCCUGGAAUCUUUUCAUCCCUACCUAGAGGUGUCUUUGUUCCCCCAACAACUCUAGGCCGCUCAGCAACUCUGCCCCGCCAACCAUUGGAUCAAUCGUCUGUGGAUAAACGAAGCUGUGAUUCGGUUGUCUCCAAGACCUGGUACCCUACCCCAGCCUGCGAUGGCGGGCCACAUAAUUCGGGAACACUGCACGAUCUUCUGCUAGCUGCACGAGAGUCUUAUUCCAAAUUACAUGGACUAGACUUAAGUAAGGCUCAAUUGUCGUUGGAGGAUUCCAUGUGCCUUGGUGAAACUGUUCGCUUGUCGAACACUUUGCACACCCUCAAGCUGGAGGGUUCUUCGCGUUUAAGUGAAAUUCUUCCUUCAGUAUUGGGUGCUAGUGAAUCGCCUUGCCUUCAGAUGCUGAGUAUCGGUUCACCAAGGUUGAGUUUAGAGGAUUCAGCGAUAGCGAUGUGUGCUCGAGCUUUGACCAGCUGUUCAACUUUGCGAUUGUUAAGUCUCGAUGGAUGGAGUUUUAGAAUCGAGAACCUAUCAACCCUUUCGAUUAUGCGGGCGUUUUUGUCGCUCACUUCAAUUAGAGAAUUAAGUCUGGCCAAUUGCCGUUUGCAAAUUGGAUUAAUCCGAAGCGAUACGAAAGUUUCGAGAGCCUUUGAGUGUCGGUCGGUUGUUGUGCUAAAGCUGUCCGGGGCGCAGGUCACUUGUGCCGAUGCAAAUAUCCUUCGGGGACCGCAGCUAUUGCCAUUUAUUGGAGGAUUCCCUUGUCUGAGGGAGUUGGAUCUAUCAGCGCCAGCGAGAUCGGGUCUUGGAAGUACUCAUUCCUCACCACUGAUAUUGGACGAUAAGUGCAUUGUUGGAUUCUUCCAAAAUCUACAUUCCCAUUUUGGCUUGUUGAAUACAUUGAAAAUCUGCAAUUGGGUUGUUCACUUCGAUGAUGUUUCAAGGACCCUGAAAGCCAUUUCUAAGUGCAUACGAAACAGUCCUAUUAGUCAUUUGAAAGUUGAUGGCAUUUCAGUUUUGGAUAGACCACGGAAGCAUCGCAUUGAAUCACAUUUUAUUCAUUGUUUUAUAUCAUCUUUGCCGUUACUUCGAUGGUUGGGCAUAAGUUUGGCGGGCAAGAAAGAGGACCAAAUUACAGCAAUGGGAAACUCAGUGUUGGAUUUGAAAGGCUAUGAAAUCGAUAUCAAGCUAAGUGAAUCCACCAUUGAACAUGCCAAAUUAAUGGCCCAGGCAAUCAGCUUAGAUGGGAAAUUCGACAUUAAGGUAUCGACCUUCGGAACAUCGAGCGGAAUUCUAAUUCAUGCUGAAAAGUCAGGAACAAAAAGUCUUACUCGAAAAAACAAGGAUUAGAAAGGACAUUGCCAGAAAGCGGUGGAGGGCGUUGGGAGGGGAGAGACGGUAUAUGUAUACAUCGUGGAAUGUGGAGAUUGAAUGAACUAAAAAAAAGGAAGACCAAAAACUACCUACAGUAGCGUCUUUUAUAUGCACGAAACGGGUGGCUCCAGCACCUGGAUCGAAUCGUAUACCGAAUUAUUCCUGAUGUCCUCCCGAGAUAUGGGCUUUUGCGUGUCCUUGCUAUCUAUGGCUAUCUAUGUAUAUGUGUGUGAUGAGUUUUUGUGUGUGAAUGGAAAAAGAAUUAAACUUCGUCAUUGUUGUUAGUGUGCCUGUGCAAUGGGCUAAAAUAGAGUCAGAUUGUGGGAAUUUACACACCGUGAACAGGAGAUUAGCUUUACCAAAGUCAAAUAGAAUGGGACGUAGAACGUUGUACACCGCGCCGUACAACGAAUACUCUUCGGUUAUCUAUAGAGAAGAAAGAAAAAAAAAAUUAAAUCGAUCCUUGAGCCUGAUUCGUUUCGUUUUUGGUUUGUUUUUUUUUUUUAUUCAGUCCAGGAGCAUUGUUUUUUCCGCCUCCACGUUCAACAACGAAGCCAAACGAUUUUGUUCGUGAAUGGACUUUUAAAAGAGUUUCCCUAAAGGUGUUAACAGUUUGAAGGAAAAAGUCUAAAAUCCGUUUAUAGAGUUGUGCGAAACUUAUGGGGUUUGUGUAAGCUUCUUUUUAUGUUUUUUUUUAAAGCAUUACUUUUGUUUUUGUUGUUGUCUUUCCUGAAAUUGUAGACUUUAUUUUUAGUUGGAAAAGUUUAAAAAUUUCAGAAAGCACAAGGCUUAACAUUCAUUGUAAUGCAAAGAGAAAAGAUUUGUUUCUUUUUGGUUUUGUUUCUAUUGAACUCAAGAUCGAUAGUCUUUAUUUGAUUUCAAUGUUUGUGUAAAUCUUCAUUAAAUUUUGAAUUUGUAAGCUGAAGUUCACCUACUUUGACUUAGGAAAGAAAAGUUAUAAAUGAAUUAUAUUGAAAAUAUAAUUGAACCAAAAACCGCUCUCAUAGAGUUAAAAAUCAUUACAAAUUAAAAGUGCUACAAUUAUGAAUAAGCAUCUUAAAAUUCUAUUUAAUUUUAAGACAUUGGUGUUUUUAAACUAUAAGGCAUUGAUUGUUUAGCAUUUGUAUGAAAUUGUGAAAUGAAAUUUUUUUUUAUUCUAGAUAUGAUUUUGUUUAAUCGAAAACCCAUAAAAAAUUAGUGAUUUAUUAAUGGAAACAGUGUUAGUCCGCGAUCCGCUUACAGAAAUUUCUUACAAAUCAUUUUAAACAUUAUAUUCAAUUCUUUUUAAUUAAUUCGUUUUUUAAUCAAACAACGAUACACGAAUAAAGAUUUAAUUUAUUUUAGUAAAAUUGAUAUGAACUAAACGAAGCCUUCUGGCUUCGAUAAGGUCGCGAAUUAAUUCUUCUGAAGAAGAUUUAUAAAAAGACUACGAAAACAUGUUUCUUUGAUCCAGUUUUUAAAAUAUAUUGUUUUUGAAGAAAAAGAUAAGUUUUGAAUAGCCCUCUAUUCAGGGAGCUUUUAACAAAACUUUAAGUGCUGUUUUUUGGGCUGUUGAUUGAUGGUGAUAUGAUUAGACCUUACCUAUCCUAACAUGAAUCUGGUGCAGUAGUUACGGUAGACCGAUUUUUAAUACACGGAUUUUAAAGAUAUUGUUGUGGACUUAUGUUUUUUUUUUUAAAGACAUUGGCCACACAACCAACAAUCAGUUUCAGUUUAUUUAUUUAUAAAGCUUACGCUGUAAGAUAAUAUAUCUUAUAAAUUUGUGAAAGCCUUUGACUUAACUUUAGACAGCUUGGAAAACAAGAGAAUGAUAGAAAUAGAAGAAGAAAAAAAGAGAAAAAGAUAGUAAAACUUAAGAAGAGAAGAAAGCUAAGUUAAGUAUUUGCUUUGAUUCGAAAAAAAAGAUUCUAAUACUUUUUUGGAAAAUGUGCAUUUCAAUUAUUCCCCUUAGAUGAGUUGGCAAUGAGUUCCCGAGGCAAAAUGCACCGCUAAAAAUUGCCUUCCCGAGUUUUAAUACAAAAACCGUGUCAAAGUUACCGAUGUCGAUCUGUUCGAUGCUGGUUGACGUGUUUUCAAGAUUAAAAAAAAACAGCAUCAAUAUUCAAAGCUUCAUCAAGUUUUUUAAAGCCAUAUUAGUUAGAGUCUCUUGCGAAUGUGAAAAAUGGUCGUAACUUCUUAACCCAAAGAUAUAUUGAAUGAUCGAAUGAUAGCAUUUAAGGCUACGUUUAAUUUAUUUUUGCUGAUAUCACAGUUGUAAAAAAUUUCGCGUCCAUGAGUGAGAACAGGUAUUAAUAAAUAGGGUGCUUGCUAGCAUUAGUCUGGUUUUAAAUGUAGUGAUCUUUUGUGCGGUCCACAGCGUUCUCAGCGUUCCAUAAGUUUAACCUUACAAUUGGUUGAUGUGGUAAUUCCAGGUCAAUGUUCUAUUGAAGAUUACACCUAGAUUUUUACUGGAAUUUCCGAAUUCUUUUGGGUUCCCGUUUAGAAUUAUGGAAGGAAAGUAUGUUGAAUCUUAUUCUUUUCUUGAUAUAACCAGAGAUUUGCAUUUGCUUUUUUUUUAAGAAAAGUUGUUUAUUUUUUGAAGAGAUGAUCAAAAUUGGUCAUUGAGAUCUCGACUAAUCUUUUUUUUUGUGAAACGUGAAAUAAAAAAGACUUGGUCUUCAUAUAUAUGUAUUUAAUGUUUAUUUAAACUGAGAAGUUUCACAACACGUACCUUCAGAUCGAGUGCUACAAUUCAACUGAACUCAUGCGGCAAAUUACAACACUUAUCAAUACAACCACACUACCACCGGUAGCCACAUAAAACUUGUUUCUUUUUCUUUCCUUUUAAAUUUAUUUGAUUCUACACCAUGGACAAUUUCAUGAGAAUGAUGCUUUGAAAGAAACGUAUUUAUGUUGUCUUUAUUUUCUGUUGUUA